AUGAAUAUCUGUACUUGGAACAUAAGAGGGCUUAAUGAGCCUCUCAAAGCUAAUGAAGUUAGGAGGUUCCUUAAUAAUCAUAGUAUUCAUGUAGUAGCUUUAUUAGAAACAAGAGUAAGGCUUGGAAAUAAGGAGAAGGUUCAGAAGAGAUUUGGGGGGGUUUGGACUUGGUUCUGCAACUAUCCUCACUCUCCAAAAGGUAGAAUAUGGGUUGGUUGGAGGACUGCUGAUGUGGACUUACAGAUUCUUAGUAGUUCCUCUCAAAAUGUUCAUUGUUGGAUCCACACUAAGGACCAUAGAUUUUCUUCUUUCUUUACUGCUGUUUAUGGCUUGCAUAGUGUAGGGCAUAGGCAAGCUUUGUGGGAUGAGUUGAACCAUCUGAGUACUAGUAGUUCAGCUAGUCCUUGGCUGGUUGCUGGUGACUUCAAUUCUAUUCUUUAUUCUGGGGAUAGAAUUAAUGGAAAUGCUGUGAGUAAUGCAGAAACUAGGGAUUUUAAUCAAUGUAUUUCAGAUUGUGACCUAAAUGAACUGCAUAGCACUGGAUGGUUUUUUUCUUGGUCUAGCAAGGGUACAGAUGACCCUAGAGUAUGUAGCAGGAUUGACAGGGCAUUUGGAAACAUGAAGUGGAUGGACUCUUUUUCUGAGUUGUCUACUAAAUACUUGAAUCCUUCCUUAUCUGAUCAUUCUCCUAUUAUCAUUCCUUGCAUUACUAACCCUUCUUCUGGUGGGAGACCUUUCAAAUUUUUGAACUAUUUAGCAGAUCACUCCUCUUUUGAGAGUAUUAUGGGUGAGUGCUGGAAUAGAGAGGAUAGGGGUAGACCAAUGGCUCAAAUCUGGUUUAAGCUGAAUAGAGUUAAGCACAAGCUAAAGGUAUUACAUAAGGAGGAGUUUUCUCAUACAGCUGAGAAAAUUGAGUAUUAUAGAAGUGAGUUAGACAAUUUGCAAACUCAGAUGAGGAGUGAUAACAGUCCUCACUUGCUUAGUACUGAAAAAGAGCUUAUUUGCAAUCUCAGAAAGUGGUUAGCUAUUGAAGAACAAGCUCUUAAGCAGAAGUCUAGGGUUCAGUGGGUUAAAGUGGGAGAUUCUAACCACCAGUUCUUUUACUCUGCUAUGAAAGAGAGAUUCUGUAUAAAUAAAGUGCAUCUGCUUCAUGGAGAUGGGGGAGUGGAGAUCACUGAUCUUACUGAGAUUCAGUCCAAGAUCAUUGAUUUCUAUAAACAGCUUCUGGGUUCAGCUGCUUCUUCUCUGCCUGGCUUGGAUGUGCCUACUAUCAGAAAUGGAAAUGUCUUAUCUUCUGAUUCUAGGGCUUUGCUUUGCUUGCCUGUUACUGUAGGUUAA